AUGUCGAAUCAACAAUCAUCACAUCUCAUUUCAUUACACAAAGAUGGUUUAUACCGUCUAAACCUCAACGAAACCACGUUGUUGAAGCUAGACUUGCCCUUUACAUUACCGGCCGAAACCGAACCUGUCUGUAUUCUUCAUUGUCGUGGAAUGAUGUGUCUGACCCUCAAAGAAAACAAUGACCUAGCGAUUUGGAAACCAGGUUCGGAGGAAUUCAAGAGAAUACCAAUGGUUAUACCGGGCCAAACCACAAAUCUAUUGGGAUUUGGUUAUGACCGGAUUUCUAAUGAUUACAAGAUUGUAACGAAAAUUGGUUUCAAAACCUAUAUCUAUGCUUUCAAAGAAAGCUGUUGGAGAGAAAGUGUACCAGAUACUUCUCUUCAUCGCAAAUUCAUAGACCGGACCGGUACGGUUGUGGAUAGCAGACAGGUCUCACACCAAAAACCCCCAAAAGGCAAGGAGAUCAUGCAUUGGAAUAUCGACCCGUGGAAGGAAAAUGUUAAAGCGUUCAACAUUUUAAAUGUUGGUUUAGCGUGCUUAGAUAGAAACGGAAAUUUUGAUGUUGGUUUUGCGUGCAUAGCAAGAAACGAAGAACUCUUCCUAGUGGUGAAAGGUAAUGGAAGAAGAGAAGACAAGGUUAUAGUGUAUAACGAGAGGCGAGAGGAGUUCACUGAAGUUCCAAUUGGUGGUUCUUUGAAAGGGUUUAGAUGUAUGAGUAUAUAUGACAAUCGUUUCUAG